AUGGUGGACUUAUUGGAUGCCCUUGCAAAGUUAUCUAGUGACUCAGAUUCGGAUUCCGACGAGCCUUUCCACGAUGCCGAAACAUUUUCGGAUAGGUCAGGCGAAGAAAGACACAUUCUCCAGAGCCCCAUAUAUCCUAGUGGACCGAACAGUACAAACACUAGCCAGAAAGGAAGCCCGAGCCCUGUUGUGAAAGGAGGAGGUCCACGCGCCGAUGAGGACAUUGUGAUUCCCGCAGUCUUCCUUACGCAAGGAGCAAAGAACAGCCGUCUCUUGAAGCAAAGCGCAGAGAUCGCGCGCCAGCUCGAGGCAGAAAAACAGCGCGCGGCAGCCGAGCGCGCCAGUCUUUACAAAAAGAGACAGGCGAUACUAACGGAACUCAACGAUAAUGGAUCUGGUUUCACAUACAGUUUGAAGACCGAUCUUGACUUGGUGGACUCGUAUGUUGAAAGCGCGUACGCUAACCAUCAUUCCGUUUAUUUGGCGCGCCACUUUUACUGCUUUCGAGACCAACAGAUGUCGAGCGAGCACGAGCCUGCGCUUGAUUUCUUGUUUCGAAUGGGCGACUUGCGCGCCUUGCCCCACACCCUCGCCCUCCACUCCAUUUCCACACUGCGGCUUGUGCGUUAUGCGGUGAACAACAUUCAGAACCAAACCCAUCUUGAUCUAGUGACGGCAAAUGUCGAAAAGGAAAUGAUGAAACAAUUAGAGGGAAAGAGCAAUGCUGGAAGAGAGGAGUCAGAAGAGAGAAAGUCAGAAGAGAGAAAGACAGAAGAGAGAAAGACAGUCGAACAUAAUGGGGAAGAAGAAAGAGGGCCAGUAUGGACCCUAGAGGAUGCUAUGGCACAGUUGGGCGCAAACAUGAGCACAAAUUUAACCCUCAAGUAUGUCCAUUAUUAUCGCAGCACAUCUGCACUCAUAUUCAAGGUCGCCAUGGUUUUACUUUACUUUUCUGUCCACACCGACCUCUCUCUCUCGAUACGUGCUUUCAUUGUGUCAGUGCUGGACUUUGCCUUCAACAAAGAAGAGCGGCGCACGCUAGUGGCUCGGGUGGUGGGCCCAGUUUUCCGCGCCCUUGUAGCACGCGCGCGCUUGCUGGGGAUGCUGGACGAGUCUAUUUGCGCGAACGUUUGCUCGGAGCUCGCCCUGAUACGGUGCUACGUUUACGGCGAGAAAAAGCGCGUCAUGCAAAAAGAGUGCGAAUUGCAGUAUGCUUUUCUAGAUAAUUUGGUUGCAUCAGGCGCAGAAGCAAAGGUCGCGCUGCUUCUUGUGUCUGCGUUUCUCGCACAAACUAACGGUUUAGGCUUACUUACGGAAGAACCGCCAAACUCAGAGCUGCGUGACAUAAUCAACAAAAAUGCACAAACAACCAUGGAGGAACACAAGCUUUCAGAGACGAGCGUGACUCCUCUCCCAGAAUGUUCCUCUGUGGAGACAGCAGACGUCCUAGCAUCAACCAUUCCGGUUGCCUCGCUUACUCGAACGCUCACCUCCAUAGAGCGAACGAAGGUGCAACCACAUUUGUCGGGCCAGAUAUUUGCUAAUCUCUACCGCGCGCAGCUCUGCGCCGCCCUUGUCGUGCGACUUUUGCAUUCCGCGCUCGCCCUGGAGUUCCAAUUGCACCCAAAACACCAGUGGCGCGCGCUCCAUCGCCAGGUUCUAGCAACAAAGGAUAGUCUCCAACAAGCAGUUGGGGCUGUCCUGUAUAUGCCCAUCGAAGAAACUCCCGACAAGGUGACUCUUUCGAAAGCUUUGGGAGAGACUUACAAUGCGCUCGACCAAAUGAGCAUGGUGUUGGAUAAGAAUGCUGUUUUCUUCCGCGCUGAUCUAUUCUACGACUCUCCCUCAUAA